UAGCCGUACUGGUUGGGCAAAGACUGUCCCUCCUUUUCCGGGUCUUCAUGCACGGUCUCUUCUGUCACUCUCUUUUAAGUCAGCGGUCGUAGUCUUCUCAAAUUGCUUGCUGUUUCUCUCCCUCUCUCUAGCUUCGCCGGUACCGACAUUGCAUCAGCAGAAGCCGGCGGUGGUCGAAGUUGAAGGCCAACUGCCGCCUCGUCGAGGUGAGGUUUACUCUGUAGCAGAUGGCUGACAGUGAGAGAGACGUAAUUCCCAUGCUCUCAGCAGCACAGGAGCAAAAUUCAGGAGGUUAUGAAGAUCCUCGAUUUCGGGCGUUACCACCCAGGACCUGGAGGGCAUCAGUGUCCAUUCCUUCGGGCUCCACGGAGUCCUCUCCUAAUCAAACUCAUCUUGUCGGUUAUACUGGGCCUUUACGUAGCAUCAGAAAGGCAACGUUCUCAACAUUGAGUGGGCCAAUAUAUGGCUCUCCGAGACCCGAGUAUUUCUUCAGGCCGAAUCAAGGUGGGGAAGGGCGCAACGAGGUCGAAUGUGCGAUAUGUAAAUACCCUUCUUUCAGUAUGAAAGAUCAGAAUGUAUGGCCCAAAGACAGAAAUGCUGGUAAAAAUAAGCACUUGAGGAGGUCUGGGCAGCUGGGAAUGUGCAAUGACCCUUACUGCACAACUUGCCCGACCUAUUACCAUCUGAACGAAACAAAAGAUAAAACAUCAAGAAGUUCGGGGAGAAUUGAUCCGUCCUAUAAUGCCCCUUUCAAGGAUGCAGAGGGAUGGGCAAAGAGAUUUUCAUCCUAUAUUACCAGCUGUAUGCCCGGAGUUAUGAAUCCUCAUGCUAAAGUCAUUCAGCGGUGGAACAAAUUCUUUGUAAUUUCUUGCUUGGUUGCUGUCUUCGUUGACCCUCUAUUCUUCUUCUUGCCAUGGGUUGAAUUGGACAAUAGCUGCAUAGUUUUGAAUGAAACCGUCACCACGACGAUAGUGGUUUUCAGAAGUGUGACUGAUUUCAUGUACUUCCUGCACCUGCUUCUUCAGUUUAGAUUGGCCUAUAUAGCUCCCGAGUCAAGAGUGGUUGGUGCCGGAGACUUGGUUGACGAUCCAAAAAAAAUCGCCCUCAAUUACCUGAAAGGGGAUUUCUUCAUAGAUCUCCUUGUCACAAUGCCAAUUCCACAAGUUAUGAUAUUGUCGGUUCUACCAAAAUUCAAGGGAUCAUCUGCUGCAAAUUUCCCCAAAAAUCUUCUAUGCGCAGCUAUUCUUGUUCAAUACAUUCCUCGACUGUACAGAUUUUUACCGAUGCUUGCUGGACAGUCAUCAACUGGCUUCAUUUUCGAGUCAGCAUGGGCAAACUUCGUCAUGAAUAUCCUUUCAUUCAUGUUGUCUGGCCACAUUGUCGGGUCAUGCUGGUACCUACUUGGACUGCAGAGUACCCUCCUCUGUCUUUCCGAUGUGAUUCAGCGGGUCAAUCAAUGUCUUCGAGAUGCAUAUAUGGAUUGUGGACACAGGGAUAAGAUUGAUAGAUUUAAUACCAACACGACGGACAAUACAAAUGCUACUAACUGCUUUUCCGAAGAUCCUUCCCGUUAUGGAAUUUAUCUUAGGGCCGUCAACCUUACCACAGAACACAGCAUUGUCACGAGAUAUGUCUACUCAUUAUUCUGGGGAUUCCAGCAAAUCAGCACUCUAGCUGGAAAUCAAAGUCCAAGCUAUUUCGUCGGGGAGGUCCUUUUCACCAUGGCCAUUACCGGAUUAGGCCUCUUGCUGUUUGCUCUUCUUAUCGGGAAUAUACAGAACUUUCUGCAGGCUCCUGGAAGAAGGAUGUUAGAGAUGUCAUUGAGACGCCAUGGUGUCGAGCUGUGGAUGAGGCACAGGCGCUUGCCAGAAGAGCUUCGAAGGAGAGUUCGUCAAGCUGAGAGGUACAACUGGGCUGCCACUCAAGGAAUCAACGAAGAAAUGGUCUUAGAGAAUUUAUCGGAAGAUCUUCAGAGAGAUAUAAGACGCCAUCUUUUCAAAUUUAUGAAGAGAGUUCGCAUCUUUGAGCUCCUGGAUGGUCCGAUAUUAGACAUGAUCGGUGAGAAGUUGAGGCAGAAAACGUACAUCAAAGGAAGCAAGAUCUUAAGCCGUGAUGGCCUGGUUGAUAAGACGAUCUUCAUUGUGCGCGGGAAAUUGCAGAGCGAGGGAGAAGACGGAGUUACGGAUCUAUGUGAAGGGGAUGUUUGUGGAGAGGAGCUUCUGGCAUGGUGCCUUGGGAAUUCUUCUCUGAACAAAGAUGGGAAGAGAAUUAGAGUAUUUGGGCAGAGGCUGCAGAGUAAUAGGACGGUUAAAUGCUUGACGAACGUGGAAGUUUUCACCCUCCGAGCAGCAGACAUUGAAGAAGUCACAAGGCUCUUCGCAAGGUUCUUUCGAAAUCCUCGGGUUCAAGGAGCCAUAAGGUACGUAUCGCCCUACUGGAGAAGCUUUGCAGCAACCGGAAUCCAAGUCGCUUGGAGAUACAGGAAGAAACGUUUAACUCGCGAGAACAGUUCUCAGUCCGCACUUUCUCCCAAGUAAAACUUAUGUACUUGUAUCUGCAGAGAAUGUGAUAUCAUCAGGCUAAUAUAUUCGGGCUUCUUGCAGCAACUAUGACACCCAAUAUGUAAUAACUAAUAACAUGUUUGCUACGAUCUUUAAAUUGCAUCCAUAUUCUAUUUCAG